GAGGAAGGCAGGUGCCUAGUCAGAGUGACAGCGAGCCUGGGACGGAGAGAAAAACAGAGUCGUCGUCGUUUUUACGCUUCCAUCCGUAGACACAAACUAAGAGGUGUAAAAAGAAAACAAGGAAGAGAUCCCUACAGAUCUCGGAUCAAACAGCCAAAUCGAACUAAGUCAAAGUCAGAGAAAAGGGAAGAUGUUACCAACGGUGAGCAAAACGCGUUCCACGCCCUCCACAUCUCGACCUAACUCCAUGUUCCCUCAGUACCUACGUCGAAUUGUCAAGUGGCAACAAAUGGAUAUUGAAUAUACUUUCUGGCAAAUGCUUCACCUAUGUACUGCACCAAAGGUUGUUUCUAUUGUGCAUAUGAAUUACUAUGGCGGAUGCAGCUAUCAGCACACAAAAUAUCACAAACAAACCAAGAACCAGUGGGCACGUGACGACCCUGCUUUUGUUGUAAUCUGUAGCCUUCUUUUGGCAGUUGCAACAAUAGCUUAUUGUGCUGCGUAUGAUCACAGUGCUGCACAUGCUGUUUUUGUAGUUAUUUCAGUAUUGCUUUUCCAUUUUUUACUUACUGGAGUAUUUCUGGCUACAUGUUGUUGGUUCUUGACAAAUGCUUACCUUCGGGAAGAGGCUCCAAAUAGUCAUGUUGUUGAACAACGGGUUGAAUGGCUGUAUGCAUUUGAUGUGCACUGCAAUUCUUUCUUCCCGAUGUUUGUAAUGCUUUACGUAAUACAUUAUUUUGUGUCACCGCUUCUGGUAGCCCAUGGUUUUAUACCUGAACUUCUGUCCAAUCUGCUGUUCAUGGUGGCAGCUUCUUACUAUCACUACCUUAACUUUUUAGGUUAUGACGUACUUCCCUUUUUGGAGAGAACAACCUUUUUCCUCUACCCAAUUGGUGUCAUAAUUGUUCUAUCCCCUAUCUUGAUUUUAAGUGGCUUCAAUCCUUCAAGAUAUGUUAUGAAUAUGUAUUUUAGCCAAAGGGUAUGAUGCGCAGAUUGUGAGAUUAGUGACUGCUUUGGAGGCUGCAUCAAUGUUAGAAUGCUUGAUGAUUUGCGUACAUGUAAAAAAAGAAGAAGAAAUGCAGCAAAAAAUGAGAAAGAGGAAGAAAAAAAGGUAACCUCGACCUGAAGAAGCCUUUGUAGUUUUUCUUCAUGGGUUUUUUUUCUUACCAUCAGGAACAGAAAUCAGAACCGAAUGAAGUUAGGUUAGAAAAAGGAUUUUUUCAGUGUUCAAGAUUGAUUGAUCAAAUGGAGCUAUUUGAAAUGUAAUGAUUUUGACCCUGUGUUUCUUAUUAAUAUAUAUUUGUGUUCUAUUUGAAAAAAAAAAAAUCAUAGCAUAUGGAUUCUGCAUUUUUGCAGUAUUUA